AUGAGCUCGGGGAAGUUACAGUUCCUUCUCCCUGCUGUUUUCACAAUCGGCCCAAGAACCGAAGAUCUGGAGAGCCUCACCAAGUUUGCCAGGCUUCUUUCUGAACAUAGCAGCGAUUCCCACAAUGUGAAGGAGCUAGUUCAAGGUGUCAUUGAGGGAGAAACUCGCGUUCUCGCCGCUUCAAUGACCAUGGAAGAAAUCUUUAGAGGUACUAAAGAUUUCAAGAAGGAAGUGUUUGAGAAGGUUCAACUCGAGCUUGAUCAGUUUGGACUGGCAAUCUACAAUGCUAACAUCAAGCAACUUGUUAUGUUCCGGGGCAUGAAUAUUUCUCUUACCUGGACAGAAAACUCAAAUGCUGCCAAGAUUGAUGCUGAGACGAAGAUCAUAUCGAAGCAAAGGGAAGAUGAGGCAAAUAAGCAGGAGAUCGAGGUUCAAGCCCAAGUUCACAUCUUUAACACUCAAAAGGAGGCUGAGGUUGCCGAGGCAAAUGCUUUGCUUGCUACCAAGAAGGCCAACUGGUCUCAGCAAGCCAACCGGACUGAACUUAAAGCUGAGAAACUGAGCAAGGCCACAGUUGAUUACGAGAUUCAGGUUCAACAAGCCAAUGCAGCUCUCUACAAGAAGCAAAAGGAAGCCGAAGCACUCCUGUACCAGAGGGAAAAAGCAGCAGAUGCACAAAUGGUGGAAGCAAAAGCUCAAUUCUUCGGGAGGCAACAAGUUGCAGAUGCCGAACUCUAUGCAAAAAAGAAAGAAGCUGAAGGAAGAGCGGCUCUUGCUGAUGCACAAGCAAUUUAUGUCGCCAAACUGUUGAAAUCGUUUGAUGGUAUUAGGGGAUUACAGCCAAAGAUCAGUGUCUGGAGUAACGGUAAUAGUGGAGAAGGCAAAGAGGGCGUCGCAAUGAAUGAAAUCGCUUCAGUAUAUAAGGCGUUGCCACCAUUGUUUCAAACGGUGCAUGAGCAAACUGGAAUGCUCCCUCCAGCUUGGAUGGGUAGUCUCUCUGGCUCUAGCUCAGAUGCUAGCCAGAUUGUUAGGGCAAAUUAG